GUUCCCUCCCUGAGAGCUGAUUGGUCAGUUCUUACACCUUGGCAUAAUAUACAAUAUUGUAAGCGCACGGGGGCCACACGUGGAGCUCGUUGUUCUACCGGCCGGCUGGAAGAAGCGUGGUGUGCGGGAAAGGAAGAAGCAGCAGCGUCAUGUUACUGGCGGCGCAGGGACCCUUUAUGGAUCGCCAUCCUAAGUGUUACUAUAGGAAGCCGGGCGGCGGCGUCCAUCAUCCCGCGUCCUCUGCGGCUGACGAGCAGGGGAACAUCACCCCAGUAAAAGAACCAUUCGAGAACUGCUACCAGGUGGGCCCGGUGAUUGGCACCGGCGGCUUUGGCACAGUCUAUUCUGGAGUCAGACUGGCAGACAAAUUGCCCGUUGCCAUCAAGCAUGUGUCAAGGGACAGGAUUGGAGAAAUGAAGCACAUGAAUGGGACCUUGGUUCCCUUGGAGAUCUACCUCCUGAAGAAAGUGUCCACCGGCUGCCGAGGAGUGAUCCGUCUCCUAGACUGGUACGAGAGGCCGGACGGCUUUAUCAUAAUCAUGGAGCGGCCGGAGCCCGUGCAGGAUCUCUUUGACUUCAUCACAGAGCGAGGGGCCCUCGGCGAAGACCUCGCCGCCAACUUUUUCCGUCAGGUGGUGGAAGCCGUGAGGCACUGCCACACCUGCGACGUGGUUCACAGAGAUAUCAAAGACGAGAACAUUCUUGUAGACCUCAGGACUGCAGAGCUGAAGCUGAUCGAUUUCGGCUCUGGUGCCUUGCUGCGGGAUGCUGUUUACACAGAUUUUGACGGUACACGUGUCUAUAGUCCUCCAGAGUGGAUCCGGUUCCACAGGUACCACGGACGUUCUGCCACUGUGUGGUCCCUGGGCAUCUUGCUGUAUGAUAUGGUCUGCGGCGACAUCCCCUUUGAACACGAUGAAGAAAUUCUCAAGGGAAAGAUCCAGUAUCGCUGCAGGGUGUCUAGAGAAUGCAAGGAUUUGAUUGAGUGGUGUUUGUCCAAGAGACCCUCUGACAGACCUACCCUUGAGCAGAUUCUGUCCCAUUCCUGGAUGACCCAGGAGCGUCUUCUAGACCAAAAGGACAAUAAAGUGUCUAGGAAAGUGGACCAAGAAGCUACCAACACAAGUCAGGAGAGCCUCUAAUCUCAGAACAGAGACGCUCGAUGAGCGAGACAGGAAGGAUCUGUCGCAGUCCCGGUUGUGAAUGGGCUGGCGUGGGCUUGUGUGUCCAGCCUACAAGCUUGGAUUCCCGGUGGGAUGGAAGGAGCUGUCCCACCAAAGUGUGACAUACUUGUUGGGGGUCUUAAAGAAGGGACUUUAUUUUUUCUUUUCGUACCUAGAAAAAUGUGGUGACCUCAGACUGUGGACUUAUUCCAGAGACCUCUCGCUUUCCCAGUAGACUUGACAGGGAAGGAUGUGAGCAAGCGCAGUGGGUCGAGGAGCGGGUAGCCCUGGAUGCCAUUGUGUGAGGGGGGGGGGGUUUCACUAGCAAGACUAUCCAUAUCCGCUGUAUUGGGGUUGAUUAGCUGCAGUUUACACUUGACAUCUUCAAUGUUUAUGUUUUGAGUUCGCCUCCAGCUGGAACCAGUUAUCCUGCAUUGACACUAAUUUUAUACAUGGACCAAGCAAUAGUUGAUAUCGACGAGCGGUCAGCGGCCAUUCUUGGCCGCAAAUCUAGACUGCUUCCUGUUGUGGCUUCCAUCUUUAAGAGCCAAGUACAUUGCAAGAGAGGUCAUAAGGUUAAGUGGAUAAUCUUGAAAACCCAGGCAGAAUUGGGUUAGGCUGCAGAGCGGAUCGUUAAUACCAACAGGUUGUAGGGGCUGAAAGCAAUUUUGGCUGCAUGUAAGCCAAGUACCCUGCAAUUUUUUUUUAUUUUUUUUUGUCGAAUUGGGAUACCCUUGUCUUA